GCCGAGGGCAAAGUAGUUCUUCCAGAUUCCAACGCGGUGCUGAUCAGAUCAGGUCGACGAAACUUGUUUUCUGAUUGUAGGGUUGUCACUCGCGAGUAAGCCAAAAGUUGCCAUGGCUGGGGAAGGAGAUCUCAGAACCUCCGCCAAGGAAUCCGAAGAUGAUUUGCCCAUCUUGAACGCCGAGAAUCUCCAGAGCAAUAUCAAGUCAGUCUAUUACAGCCGUACCUUCCUGUCUAUCAUUGGUGGUGUGGUUGCUGGAAUAUGGGGAUUUACUGGCUUGACGGGGUUUGUCUUUUAUUUCUUGGUCAUGGCAGUUGCUUCUUUGGGUCUUGCAGCUAAAGCAAAAUUUUCCGUCAACAAAUACUUUGAUUCUUGGAACCGGAUACUAAUUGAUGGAGUUUUUGGUGGACUCAUGUCGUUCGUGCUCUCCUGGGCAUUUGCAUAUGACAUUGUUCACAUAUUCUGAAGAAGGGCACGUAACGCAAGAUGAUGACUUAGAGCUUCAUAAUUAUCUUCAUCUACAGUCACGGAGCAGUGUCUACCUUGUUAGUCUCUCUUGUUGCCAAAGCUACUUAGACGCAGUGGAGACCAUCAUCUUCGAUGUUCAUGUGUUACUUAUUUUGGUACUUCAAUUGACGGCUCAAUUUCAACUAUUUGUUUACCUAUGCUCAACUCGAGGAUCUCAGGGCUUCGAUUUUCGUUUGCUGAUAAUUGCUCCUGCUCAAUUUAUUGCUUUUGUUUUUCAUCUCUGCUCAAGAUCAUGUUUAAUUGGGAGGAAAAGUAGGACUAGGGAGAUGGAUAAAUUAGUGAAACAGGAAGGAUAUCUGGAAUGCAGUUCUUGGAAGACAUUUACUGGUAAGGCAUUUCUGACUAAAUGAUUCUGUUUCUAGUUGUU